AUGCAGGGAGAGCAAGACCAACCGCAACAACAUAACAAUCAAGACGAAAAGGUAAACCAACAACAACAACAACAUGGACAACAACACCACCAUGAACCUCAAAAGUGUCCGAGGUGCGAGUCUCACAACACCAAGUUCUGCUACUACAAUAACUACAGCCUUUCCCAGCCCCGCUACUUCUGCAAGGCGUGUAGGAGGUACUGGACCCAGGGUGGGACCCUCCGAAAUGUCCCUGUCGGUGGGGGCUGCCGGAAAGGCAAGCGUGCCAAGACCAUGUCCUCCACAUCAUCCUCUCGCUCGGUGUUUAUCCAACCGCACCAACAACCACAAGACCACCAUCAAAGGUCAUUGAUGAUGUCAUCAGGGCCAUCAGCUACCCUGAACUCUCUACCUGGCUCCCAAUACUAUCUAGGUGGUGCUGGGUAUUUGACAUCUAUGCCUUUUAGUCAAAACAUCACCCAUCUUGGGGGUUCUAGCCAAUUGGGUUUAGGUGGUGGUGCUUCAAAUUUGGGGUUACUUCAUGGCUUCAAUGCCAUCCCUUCCUCUGGCCAACGUCACAUGCAAAACCAUCUUUUUAGGAGCAACAUGGAGCCUUCAACUCUGUACCCAUCUAAGGAUCAUCGAGGCAUGUUACUUCAACCAACCAGGUCGAGUGGUGUUAUGACUGAUUGGCAUGAGAGCUUCAUUAGCAAAUCUCAUGCUUCUACUACUAAUGUUGUAGUCUCAACUGGUCAAAACGCUAUGUGGAGUGCCACCAUUGGAAACAACACUGGUACCACUAGCAGUGCUGAUGCUUCUAUAAACUCAACUCAGUGGUCUGAUGAUCUUACCAGAUCUUUUGCCCCCGGCCCCCCUCAGUGA